GGCUUCGUCCCGCUGCUGAGCCGCGGCUUCUUCCGCUCGCUGCUGGCCUUCCUGGUGGCGCUGGCCGUGGGCACGCUCUGCGGGGACGCCCUGCUCCACCUCUGGCCCCACGCCCAGGGGCGGCACCAGGAGACGCCGGGGGAGCCGUGGGCCGCGGCGGUGCUGCAGGGGCUGGCGGUGCUGGGGGGCAUCUACCUGCUCUUCGUGGUGGAGCUUCUCCUGGGGAUGCUGCGGCGCGGCCGCGAGGCCACGCGACGCCCCCCCGGAGAGGCCCCCGACGCGGCCACUGGGGUCCUGGCCCCGUCUCGCGGCGGGGCUGAGCUGCGAUGCCUGACAGCCCCGGAGCCCGAGCCGGAGCCCAAACCCCAGGGACCCCCCCACGGACCCCCCCACGGACACUCCCACGGACACUCCCACGGCCCUGUGCUGCCCCCCAGCCCCAGGGCCACUGACCUGGCGUGGAUGGUGGUGCUGGGGGAUGGGAUCCACAACCUGACGGAUGGGCUGGCCAUCGGUGUUUCCUUCUCCCACAGCCUCUCCAGUGGCCUCAGCACGGCGCUGGCCGUGCUCUGCCAUGAGCUGCCCCACGAGCUGGGGGACCUGGCGGUGCUGCUGCGGGCGGGCCUGGCGCCGCGCACCCUCCUGCUCCUCAACCUGCUCUCGGCCCUGCUCUCCUGCCUGGGGGCGGCCGUGGGGGCGGCCGUGGGGCAGAGCGCGGCGCACCUCACCCCAUGGAUCCUCACCGUCACCGCCGGCACCUUCCUCUACGUGGCCCUGGCUGACAUGCUCCCCGAGGUGCUGCGGGGUCCUGGUGAGGGCACCUGGGGCCACUUCGUGCUGCAGAACGCGGGGUUCCUGCUGGGCAGCGGCAUCAUGCUGGGCAUCGCCCUGGCCGAGGGCCACGUCAGUGCCUGGCUGCAGCCCUGACCGGGGGGGGUUUGGCCCCGCUCGCCCCCACCCCAACUGGAGAAGCGCGGCCGAGCUGGCAGGACCCUGAAACGCACCCCCGGGACCGGACUUUCUCCCCUCCACGUCAGACCAACGGCAGCGUCCCCCAGCCUGGAAGUUUGCAAAGCCGAAACGCCUGGAAGCUGACCCGGGGGGGGAGGGCUCCAGGCUCGGUGCUGCCGGCCCCCAGCCCCUCAGACCCACCGGGAGGGGAUGGGGGGGGCGCAGCCCUGCCCCACAGCCGCUCCUGGGGACUGGGGUGCCCGGCGCGGGGCGGCCCCGAGGUGCUCGGCCCCCGGCUGCGGUGGCGAGGCCGAGGCCGAGCGCGUUUCCCCUCCCCGAGCUCCCUGGCCCAGCCCGUCACGGAGGAAGGAAGACAGGAGCGGGGGAAUAGAAGCAAUAGCAUUUUAAUAAACAUAAUUGAUUCAAAGCCACAAUAUGAAUAACAGAACUUGGUCGCAGCUUACAUUGUAUAAAAUAGAUCAAGUCUGAAUGCUUUUUUCUUUUUAUUUUUUUUCCUUUUUUUUUUUUUAAUUUCUUUUUAGUUCUUCCCCCCCCCCCCCUCCCUCCCCAAAGGUGAUGCAGGAUUUCUGAAAAUACAAGUAUGGAACAUCCGAGACAAAAGUAACCGCUCACUAGGCUCACGCGUGGGUAAGGACGAGGCCGACAGGAUAGCGUCUGCGCUGCGGGGACGGAUGGCUUGCUGGGCUGAUUUCCUCGGUCUCCCACCUAUCGUCUAAUGAUCCCUAGAACCACGGGGUGUGUGUCUGGGGGGGGGGGACUGAAC